UCAUCCUCACAUGUUAUGUGGAGAGUAGUGAUGUCGGAAGAAGUUGGGAGGAAAGUGCAGGCGGUGGUGGACAGGGUAAAUCAGGCGGUUGCCCGACGCCCGAAGACUUUACCAUGUGUCGCACCUCGCUUAGUAGCUGUGAGUAAAACCAAGCCACCAGACAUGGUAGUCGAGGCAUACAAACACGGGCAACGCAACUUUGGGGAAAACUACGUAAAUGAACUUGUGGAGAAAGCCUCUCACCCUCUGAUUUUGACAUCAUGUCCCGAAAUUAAAUGGCAUUUCAUUGGACAUCUACAGAAGAACAAUGUUAAUAAGCUCAUAGGUGUUCCAAACCUCUACAUGGUGGAGACAAUUGAAUCAGUGAAACUGGCUGACAAAGUUAACAGCUCCUGGCAGAAGUUAAGAUCAUCCAAUGCUCAAAGACUAAAGAUUAUGAUUCAGAUUAACACAAGUGGAGAGGAAAGUAAACAUGGCCUGAAUCCUGAUGAGACAGUCAGUACAGUCAAGCACAUUAUAUCUAACUGCCCUGCCUUGGCCUUUGCUGGACUUAUGACUGUUGGCCGAUAUGGUUAUGACCUUACUGAAGGCCCUAAUCCAGACUUCCAGAUGCUGCUAAAAUGUCGUGAAGAGGUUUGUGAGAAUCUGACUCUUUCAGUGGAACAGAUUGAGCUCAGCAUGGGCAUGUCCACAGACUUUGAACAUGCAAUUGAGGUUGGCUCCACUAAUGUCCGUGUUGGAAGCACUAUUUUUGGAACUCGGGAAUAUCCAGUCACUCCGAAUCCCAGCCCUGAAAAGAAGCCAAAAGUUGCAUCUGAGGAAGCAGUGAAAAAGAUGGAAUGUCUUACAGUGAAAGAGCAUUAAAUGACUGUACACAUCAUAUCCACAGGGUUUAAAAAGGCAUUUGAGCAGUUGAAAACAUUGUUUAAAUGGUUCUCAUAAACUGUAAAGAUGAACGAAGGUAAGAAUAAUUUGAAAUACACAGUAUACAAAUGUAACCAUUUCCCCCUCACAUAUAUGUCUUAACUAAAUUCUUGCUAGUUUUUUUCUGCAUCCAUUUCAUUAAAUCAAUACAUUUUUGGUGACUUGAUAUAUAAUUAUACUUAAAAUUUUGUCAGAUUGUAACUUUUCAGUUGCUUAGUUGUUAGCACAUUAUGCUUAUGUUUGUGGAUUGCAGUACUAACUCAGUGUUUUCUGUUAGUAGUCCACUCUCUUUUUAAGACAUAAGACAUAAAAAGAAAGGUGUUGCACACAGUAUUGUCUUUAAUAUGUGUAACUAUGUUGCUGUGAAAGUUGUGUAAAUCGACCUGAAAUUGACUAUAUUAAAAAUCUGUAAUUUUAUCUUCAGUACCUAAAGCAAGUAAAGUACUAACUCUUUUCAUUUUAAAAAUGUCAGUGCUAAAUCAUUUUUUAAUCAAA